AUGGAUGUAUCUUUUCUAACGAAUCUGUUUGGCCUGCAAGGAAGGAAUGCCAUCAUAACUGGUGCAACUGGCGGAUUGGGAUCGGCUAUCGCUCUUGCGCUCGCAAAAGCCGGUGCUAACAUCGUUUUUAUUGAGGCACCCAAUGACCCCAACUCUAACGCCCUGCACGAUCUCCUUGCACCGACGGAGCGCGAAAUUACAUCUUUUAACUGCGACCUGGCUUCAUCUCAAUCAAUUCGUGAAUGCUACGCCCGGAUGUGGGCUGAAGGCAUCGUUCCGGACAUCCUCGUCAACGUUGCUGGUGUGAUGGCCCGUAAUCAAUGCGAAAAUGCAACAGACGAGGAGAUCGACUUCCUUAUGGCGGUGAAUCAGCGUGCAGUGUAUGUCAGCAUGCAAGAAUUUGGGCGAAAGGUCCUUGGGCUGGGACGGAAAGGAAAGAUCAUUAACAUUGCUUCUGUAACGGCAUUCCAGGCGAACAUCAACACGAGCGUAUAUGGGAUGACGAAAGGAGCUGUGGUGCAGAUGACAAAGAGUUUCAGUAACGAAUGGGCAGGUAGAGGUAUCAACGUUAAUGCGAUUGCGCCCGGAUUCAUGAGGACAAACAUGACUGAGGUGUAUGCAAGAGAUGAAGAGUAUACCCGAUAUUUGAUGCAGCGUGUGCCGGCUGCGCGUUGGGGCAUGCCAGAAGAUCUUGUUGGCGCAGCGAUCUAUUUGGCCAGUGCGGCGAGUGACUUUACAAACGGAGUGACACUGAUUGUAGACGGUGGAUUUGUAGGGAAAUAG